AUGCCUCGCUAUCAACGUGGCUAUCUUGGCGACGGCGACUUUUUGAGCGCAACAAUUGAUUACCCUCCUCCAUCGUUCACACGUUGGCAUGACAGGGCUUGGUCAGCCCUGUCGCCUUCUCAUUUGAUCGGUUCUCGCCGACGAUGCAACGAGCGAUGGGAUCGGGUGUCUACGCAUAUACCUUUGACGUCCGAUGAGCCGCCUGCGAAACGGAUCCUGGGCGGAAAUCCUGGGGCAGCAGCUCAAGCCAGCACGGCCGAAGACCCCACCAUGACCGCCGCCGCCACCCCAGCCUUCCGCACUGUUUGGCCUCCUGCCUCGCACCCAGCGGGCAUCAACGUGUUCGGUGGCGACUCUGUUGCCAGAUGGACGGGCGGGCAGCCAGGCGACGCAAAGACACUCGGCUAA